AUGGCGACUACUAACAGCUCCGUUGAUCUCCCUUACGAGGUCAUGAAGACAGCCGAACUCAUAUUAGCAAAUAUUUUAGCGCCGGCUCUGACCAUUGUGGCUAUCUUGACCAACGGGAUGAGCCUGAUCGUGUACUCCCGCUUGGGUCUCAGCGAUAGCAUCAGUAUUUCAUUCUUCACGCUUACCGUCUCGGACUUUGUCUUCGCACUGACCAACAUGGCAACACUGGUGGUCGUGAUAUUCAUGAACCCGAGCGUUGAGUGGUCAGUGGAUCCAUUGGCAAUAGCCAUUCUACUGGUCCCCUUUAACAGGAUGUGCUACGACCUAUCUAACACCCUAACCUGCUUCAUAGCCGUGACUAGAUGCUGCUGUGUUGUCAUGCCCCUCAAAUUCAAAUCUACCUUCACCAGAUCUAGGACGUUUUGGGUUCUCGGAGUUAUCUUCACUGCCUUCCUCAUUGAGUUCGCUCCCAUGUUCGCGUCACAAGGCCUGCGCUCUGUGGCUAUUCCGAAAACGAAUUCCUCCCGUAUGGUGAUUUGGUUCGCAAGAAAUCGCGACGAAAUCGCCAUGGUCAUCUACGAGAGUUUAAAUCGUAACGCGCUACUGAUUGUCACCUUUGGCAUUUCUCUGGCAAGUCUGGUUCUUCUUACGCUCAAACUCAAAGAAGCUUCAGACUUUCGGCGCUCGCUUCAGUCUUUAGCCAUCGUGAACGAUGCAGCAAAAGGCAACACAAAUAAGGGAAAAGACGGGCUGAACAUGUCUAAAGUUGAGAUCCAGAUCGUCAAAGGCGUCUCUCUGGUGCUUCUAAUCACUUUGUCCUGCAACCUCCCAGUGUUAUGCAUCUCCUAUAGCAAGCUGGUGGUCUCCGAGAUCGCUCUGGGCAGAACCUACAACAAUUUGUACUUCCUGAUCACCAACGUCAGCAACUUUGUCAUCGUGGUAAAGACGACUUUCCAUUGGCUGGUGUACUACACAUUCAACUCGCGCUACAGGCUCGUGUUUCAAUCUACCUUAGUUUGCUGUCGCCGGCCAGUGCCUACUGCUAUGUCCAUUGAAUGUUUGUCAUCUGAGCCAAAGAUAAGAACAUAG